UGAUUGGCUUGCAUAAUUCUCCUGGCUGUCUUUCUUGUAACCUAACCCAGUACCAUGUGCGUGCAACCAAGUUUACACGACAGGAAAUAAAGUAACCGUUUUGAAGACUGGAGCUAGCAGACUUUGUCGCACCGCACGCGUAGAAGUUGGCCAAGCCUUUGAAUAGAGCCAGCAGGGAAAUAUGGAACCGGUAAAAAAAGAUGCGAAGACGAAUCCAUCGGCAACAGCUAAUCUUUUCUCACAGGUAUUCUUCUGCUGGCUAAAUCCUUUGUUCCGCAUUGGAUACAAACGGAGGUUAGAGGAAGAUGACAUGUACAAAGUGCUUCCGGAGGAUGGAUCUGAGAGACUGGGAGAGGAACUACAGAGGCACUGGGACCAUGAGGUGCAGAAAGCUGCUAAAGAACUCAGGCCUCCCAAACUCACCAAAGUCCUCAUCAAGUGCUACUGGAAACCCUACGCAGUGCUGGGGAUCUUUACUCUUAUUGAGGAGGUGAUUAAGGUGAUCCAGCCAGUGUUCUUGGGAAAGUUGAUCCAAUACUUUGAGAAGUACAAUCCUGAUAAUAUGGAUGCACUGUAUGAGGCCUUUGGCUACGCUGCUGGUGUCUGUCUGUCCACCCUGAUCCUGGCCGUCACGCAUCACCUCUACUUCUUCCACGUCCAGAGGACCGGCAUGAAGAUGCGAGUAGCCAUGUGUCACAUGAUCUACAAGAAGGCCCUGUGUCUCAGCAGUGCAGCGAUGGGGAAAACAACCACAGGCCAAAUAGUGAACCUGCUCUCCAAUGAUGUCAACAAGUUUGAUGAGGUGACUAUUUUCCUGCACUUCCUGUGGGUGGGGCCUCUCCAGGCAGCGGCCGUCCUGGGGCUGCUGUGGGUGGAGAUUGGCCCAUCAUGCCUCGCAGGCAUGGCCGUCCUCGUCAUCCUCAUGCCAACGCAGACCAUGUUCGGAAGGCUCUUCUCCAAGUUCAGGAGUAAAACCGCUGCCUUGACUGACAAUAGGAUACGCACCAUGAAUGAAGUGGUGUCUGGAAUCAGGAUCAUCAAAAUGUAUGCCUGGGAGAAGCCCUUCUCAGCACUGGUCAAUGAUGUCAGAAGGAAAGAGAUCUCCAAGAUCAUGUCAAGCUCCUACCUGCGAGGCCUCAACAUGGCCUCCUUCUUUGCGGCCAGUAAGAUCAUUGUCUUCAUCACCUUCACCGUCUACGUCCUCCUGGGGAACACCAUCUCAGCCAGCCGGGUGUUUGUGGCCGUGUCUUUGUACAGUGCCGUCCGCCUCACCGUCACCCUCUUCUUCCCCUCGGCCAUAGAGAAACUGUCUGAGACACGCAUCAGCGUCCGCAGGAUCAAGACUUUUCUCCUGUUGGAUGAGAUUGUGAAAAGCAAACAUGGAUUCCUCCAGGAGGAGAAGCAAGAGCCCAAUGUGGAGAUCCAGGACCUGAUUUGCUACUGGGACACGGUGAAUGUUCAACCACUGCCACCCAGACUCCUAAAUACAAGUCAGGACGCCCCAUCUCUCCAGAACCUGUCACUCACAGUAAAGUCAGAGCAGCUUGUCGCUGUCAUUGGACCUGUGGGGGCUGGAAAGUCCUCUCUGCUCAGUGCCAUCCUGGGGGAGUUGCCUCACGACAAAGGGGUGUUGAAGGUCAAAGGUCAGCUGACAUACGCCUCCCAGCAGCCCUGGGUGUUCCCCGGAACCAUCCGCAGCAACAUCCUGUUUGGCAAAGCGCUCCAUCCUCAAAAAUAUGAGAAGGUCCUGAGAGCCUGCGCCCUCAAGAGGGACAUGGAGCUGCUGCCAGACGGGGACCUGACAGUGAUAGGGGACAGAGGAGCCACCCUCAGUGGGGGACAGAAAGCUAGAGUGAACCUGGCCCGGGCUGUGUACCAGGAUGCUGAUAUCUACCUGCUGGACGACCCUCUAAGUGCUGUUGAUGCUGAGGUCGGGAGACACCUGUUUGAACAGUGUAUCUGUGGUAUUCUGAAGAAUAAGCCCCGCAUCCUGGUCACCCACCAGUUGCAGUACCUCCAAGCAGCCAACCAGAUCCUCGUCCUCAAGGAGGGUCACAUGGUGGCAAGGGGGACGUACAGCGAACUCCAGCGCUCUGGGGUCGACUUCACCUCCCUCCUGAAGAGGGAAGAGGAGGGGCCACAAGCCCCAGGGGUGGAGACUGAAAGCCGCUCGCCAUGCAGCCGCACCCUCUCGCAGAAUUCAGAGGUCUCCCACACCUCCUCCAAAGAUGGAACUGAACAGCUUCCGGCAGAGCCUGUCCAGACCGUAGUCGAGGAGAGCCGCUCGGAGGGGACCAUCGGCGUCGGCCUCUAUGUCAAGUACCUGAAGGCAGGCGCCAACAUCCUGGUGUUGAUAGGAGUUGUAUUACUCCAGUUCCUAGCUCAGGCAGCAUAUAUUCUGCAGGACUGGUGGUUGGCAUAUUGGGCAGGAGAGCAGGAGAAGCUCAACGUUAACGGCACUGUGACCAUCCAAAAUGGUGUCAACGUCACUGAACAGCUGAACCUGGAUUUCUACCUCGGCAUUUACGCAGGUUUGACUGGAGCAACUCUCAUCUUUGGCUUUGCCAGGAGUCUGGUGAUGUUCAAUGUGCUGGUGAAAGCUGCUCAGUCUCUUCAUAACCGCAUGUUCAACUCUAUCCUCCGGACACCUGUACGCUUCUUUGACGUCAACCCAAUUGGAAGAGUCCUCAACCGCUUCUCUAAGGACAUUGGCCAACUGGAUGCGGCCUUACCUUGGACCUUUGUGGACUUCAUUCAGAUAUUCCUGCAGAUCAUCGGUGUGGUUGCUGUAGCGGCCUCCGUCAUCCCCUGGAUCCUCAUCCCAUUGGCUCCUCUUAUCAUCGUCUUCCUGUUCCUGAGACGCUACUUCCUGCAGACGUCACGAGAUGUCAAGCGCCUGGAAUCCACCACUCGGAGUCCAGUCUUUUCCCACCUGUCCUCGUCCCUCCAAGGUCUGUGGACGAUUCGAGCCUUCAGAGCUGAGGAGCGAUUCCAAAAUACCUUUGACGUUUAUCAGGAUCUGCACUCAGAAUCCUGGUUCCUGUUCCUGGUCACCUCUCGCUGGUUCGCCGUCCGCCUGGAUGGCAUGUGCGCCGUUUUCGUCACCAUCACCGCCUUCGGCUGCCUUCUGCUCCGAGACCAGGUGGAGGCUGGAUCUGUAGGCCUGGCGUUGUCCUACGCUGUGACUCUCAUGGGGAUGUUCCAGUGGGGGGUACGGCAGAGUGCUGAGGUGGAGAACAUGAUGACGUCAGUGGAGAGGGUGGUGGAGUACACAGAGCUGGAGAGUGAAGCACCCUGGGAAACCCAGAAGCGUCCUCCUCCUGAGUGGCCGAGCCAAGGCCUCAUCACCUUUGACCGAGUCAGCUUCUCCUACAGCUCAGACGGACCUGUGGUCCUGAAGGACAUGAAGGCCAUGUUCAGGCCCAAAGAGAAGGUUGGCAUCGUGGGCAGGACCGGUGCGGGGAAAAGCUCCCUGGUAUCGGCGCUCUUCCGCCUGGCAGAGCCAGAGGGCAGGAUCUACAUUGACGGAGUUCUGACCUCCGAGAUCGGCCUCCAUGACCUGCGCCAGAAGAUGUCCAUCAUACCUCAGGACCCAGUGCUUUUCACCGGCACCAUGAGGAAGAACCUGGACCCUUUCAGCCAGCACACAGACGAGGACCUGUGGAACGCUCUCCAAGAGGUCCAGCUGAAGUCUGCGGUGGAGGAGCUGCCCAAUAAGAUGGAGACGGUUCUGGCCGAGUCGGGCUCCAACUUCAGUGUGGGUCAGAGGCAGCUGGUCUGUCUGGCCCGAGCCGUUCUGAGGAAGAACCGCAUCCUCAUCAUAGACGAGGCCACAGCCAACGUGGACCCCAGAACAGACGAGUUGAUCCAGAAGACGAUACGAGACAAAUUCAGGGAGUGCACCGUUCUCACCAUCGCCCACCGCCUCAACACCAUCAUAGACAGCGACCGCAUUCUGGUUCUAGACGCGGGUCAUAUCCACGAAUACGACGAGCCCUACACCCUACUUCAGAACCACGACGGUAUCUUCUUUAAUAUGGUCCAGCAGACAGGCAGGCAGGAGGCUGUUGCCCUCCUGCAGUCAGCUAAACAGGCAUACAACAGCCGGAGUCGUCCCAGUACGAGCAAUGGAGGGGUCGGAGCGGACGGCAACUUGGUCAUCUUUGAGACGGCCCUGUAACAGCCUGGAAGAUGCUUUGGCUAUUGUUUAAAGCCUGGACUACUGCUCCUCAGAGUUGGCUCGCACUGCAAUCCCAUGGCAUUCUCCAGUCUACAGAGAUCAACAGUGCCUUAUCACCCUGCAAAAACUCCAUGUCGGAAACUCCAUUUGGACAGGAAGCUGCAAAGAGGUGGAACGGUUUGGUCGAGUGUGUCAUAGGCGGAGUUGAGUCAAAUCCACUUAUGCAGUUGUUGGGAUUUUUCCCCAAGCUAAGAAAGUUGGGAUGGGGUACGUGGUGGGGAAACACUAAACGUUAACCAUCCCUUAUUUAUUUAGCUUUUUUAUUUAUCAAACAAACAUGCAGUAACCAAUCGAUUUUAAAGGAAUAACCAUCGAGACCCAUGACAAUUGAUUGUAUAAUCGUGACUUGACUGAUAAAUAUUUUUUGCCAGACUUGUGUCCACAAUUUACAAUGGCCAAAAUAUGAGAACUCUUUCCUUAGAUUCAUUUACGUGGCCUAUUGUCUGGUUAUAUAACCAAUGUAAUGUAGUUUAGUGCCUUCAUUUUUUUUGCAGCAGUUUUAGAUUAAUCAUCUUUGUAUAAUUCAUAUUUAUUAAAAAUGUAACGUGUA